UCUCGUACUCCGCAACGCCUCUGUGCCGCCGGUACGUACGUCAUCCUCUCUUGCUUCUCUAUUUGCUUCUCCUUUGACCAUGUUUUCUUUUUUGGAUCGGAAGGGGGGCGCAACAGUUGCCCGCAGCUCGUUCUCGCUUGUCAUUGCCGUGCAGGGAAGCACAUCGUCAAAGUUUCGAAGCUGAUUGACUCGUAGACGCCCCUUGGCUCCGCUUCGUCGCAGCUUAGCUCUGCCGCUCGCUGACCGCCUUUGCGUGCCCCCAGACUCAGAGCCCCCAGACCGACGGCGAGAAAGAGGGACCCCAAUCCCCCUGCUGCCCUUCACCACUGCUGAGCGCUGAGCGAACUUACCGAUCCUACCGUCCCAAAGCACUUUAGGCUCGGUUCGCCAUCCUACUUGACCAACUCACCCACCACCAUCCCUCUCACACUCUUCCCUCACUCCUCCAACCACCUCCUCCUCCUCCUGCUGCAGUCGGUCUUCCCCAGACUGCGGCCCGCAUUGAGACCUCCAGCAGCGUCUCCGUGCCACAGAACCACCCAUCUUGCUCGUGUUCCGCUUCAGGCGCCGUGCAGCUCUUGCAUGCACUGUCAAUUCCCCCCAUUGCUAAACUGACCGAACGCCGGAGACAACCCACCAUCCGCCCCGCCAUCGCGGAUCGACAGCCUCCAGUACCGCCGUACCCUCUCAGCCAUCAUCUCCAUCUAUUAAUUCUUCUGCUCCACUUGCGACAUCCUUCCUCUUCUCUCUCCACGUCGCACAGCGACUCCUUUCUGCAGCAGGCACACACGUCCUCCUGCAAUUGCCGCCAGCCCGCGCUACCCCUCCGACCAGCAAUCCCUCCUUGUCGGAUCCGACUGGCCGUCAAAGAAGAACAAACCUGUGCCACCAAAAACGCCCAAUCCGCACUCUUCCACCACUCUUCUCUCCAACCUCACCUUCACCCCCACCCGCUCUCAACUCACCCACCGAACCUCCUUUCGCCGACUUCCCCGCCAGUUUGCGAUAUCUGCUUUCAGGCUGCCCACCUGCCUCCAUUUGCAGUCAUCGCGCCUGUCAUCUGUGAGACCGCGCCCUAACGAUCCCACCCCUCGAACCACAGCCACGAGCCUCAAACCCGCCCCGCUUCCACCCCUCAUCCUACCGUGCUAGAGACGACUAGAGACAACUAGAGCGUCCUCUUUUGCGCCCCACCCUUCCUUCCCUACACACUCUCUGCCAAUACCCGCCCCGCUGGGAUUCUGUUUCUACACCGCAGGGAUCACCACCGCCCGCCGUAGCUGUGUUUGGUGAGCAUCUUGCGCCAUCUUUCUCGCGGCCUGCACGACUAACGCCUCUUUGGCAGACUGACAAACAUUGCCAACUCGAGCAUCGGAGAGCUUGCUCUUAUAUCACGCCCCCCAACAAGCGAGAGCUUGCUGGUCCAGAUCUUGUGCUCCCCCAGCAAUCACAGCCCAACUCCUUUAAAGCGUCACAGGCCGUCUCGUGCUGCAAUCACCCUGCAAAGCCUGAGGGUGCAUUCCAAUAACUCGCUUCGAUCGAAGACAAGCCGUUUCAGAUCUACGAGACCCAGGGACCGGCGAUACCAACCCUCGGCCUCUCUUAUCCACAUUCCUCCUCACUGCAACCUUUAGUAUGCCAGCGCCCACGGACGCCCUCUUUACUCCUCCUUCUUCCUACUCCCCCCAGAAGACCUUUUCAAGACUGGAUCCCCAGUUCGACUCCCACUCUGACGACAGUCUAGACGCUGAUAUUUUUAACAUGACCGGGACUGGAUCUCCCACACCAUAUAUCAAAGAAGAAGUGGAUGAUCUACACUUCAACUCACGAUUCAUGUCCAACAACAAUUUCGAUAUGAACCAGCCAUUUGGGAACCAACAUUUCGGUUCCGCCCACGAGAAUUCGGGCGGCAUCAACCCUUCCGAUCUCACCAUGAACGGGAAUCUCAACAUGAACAGCCAGUUUGGAGGCUCCAACAGCUACGUUCCUGGCGGUGCCGGGAUUGCUGACGACGAACUUGCCGACUCCCUGGGCGCUUUUGACCACCAGCAAGGAUUCGACGGCUUCACCCACCAAGACAACUUCUUUGGAAACAACAGCCACGUGUCUGGAAACCACAACAAUCUCAACCAAAUGUAUUCCAAUACACCAGACGAUGUCCCCAUCCAAAGUCCAUUUGCCCACCCAAAUGGGUUUGAUUUCAACCAGUAUCAGAACACUCCUCAGCGUAUGGCCUAUCCCGCGGGUAUGCCAAGCAGUUCCUUGAGGGGACGCAUACCUGCGCCUAUGACCCGAACUGGGUCAGACGCACGUACGCCCAUGUCACCAAAGACUCCGGCAAUGAGUGGGCUUCACCUAGGCACUCCCGAUUCGGGCCACUUUGCUUCACAACCCAUCAUGACAAACAUGCAUCGCCACAAACCAAGCGUGUCGAGCCAGUGGGAGGGCACUCCUGGAAGUGCUCACUCGUCAUGGGUGGACUCUCCAACACAGUCGUCACACACAGCAGCCAUGCAUCAUCAACCCAUUUCCGAGGUGAUGCACUCAAAGCAUGCGUCGCUUCCGGCGAAGGUCGACAUUGGUCAAACUCAAGACGCAAAGAAGCGUCGCCGUCGUGAGUCUCACAAUCUCGUCGAGCGUCGCCGCCGGGACAACAUCAACGAGCGUAUUCAUGAUCUUUCGCGCCUCGUUCCACAGCAUCGCCUCGAGGAUGAGAAGAUCCGGAAGCACAUCAACAACAACGGCCCGCUUUCUCCCACAAUCACUGCCACGGGCAUGUCUCCCCCACAAGCCACGUCUCUUCUUGCUGGAGGUACAGGACGACGUGCCGCGGGCAACAUCACCCAAGGCCUUCCGAUUGAAGACAAGGACAAAGGCCCAAACAAGGGGGACAUUCUCAACGGUGCAGUCAGUUGGACUCGUGACUUGAUGUGGUUCUUGGAGAAGACUAUUCAACAGAACGAGGAAAUGUCCUCUCGUCUUCGUCAGCUCACUGGUGAGGAGUUGCCGGCAGAGCUGACAGAAGAUGAGCGACGGAUGAAGACCGAAUUGCUGGAUGCCAUCGAGAAGAAUGGCUUCAGUAGCUUCAAGUAUUCUCGUGGUCCGGGCUCUGGUCUGCGCGUGCCCAAGCACACCAACCUGGCCGGCGAGCCGCUCCAGAUCUCGCCACAAAGCCUCAGUCCCGAUAUUCAAAGCACGGGCAGUGGCUCAAACACAGCCAUCAAUAACAACCAGCAGCAAUACUGGUCCAACAACAGCCUGAAGGAGGAAGACGAAUACAAUGGUAUGGACAUGGGCUGA